AUGGCAAACGGAGCUCUGCCACAGACUCUCAAGUCUAUCACUGCCACGAAAAUCAGUGAACUCUCCAAGCAACGCGCCCUAUUUGAUCAGCGCAAAACCGAAAUUCUUGCAGUUGCCAAUGCAGCCCCAGAUCUGCGCACCCAUGCUCAAGCUUUGCUGGAUGGGAUCUCACGUCUGAAAGGAUACCCUAAGGAUUCGCUCGACAAAAAUGACCUGGACCUAGAUGCCGAUUCCUCGGAUGAAGAAUCGGAAGACACACUCACUUCCCGAGGAGUCGGUCGUUUGCAGCCGGAAGAUCAUACGAACAUUCGUCGCUUUCUUUUACAAAGUCGCCACGAUCCUUCCGUCUCCCAGGCAGCUCUACAGGAUCGUAUAACUCAACUUGAAAAGGAGUUGCGGUAUCUUGAGAUAAAGCACGAGCACGGUGCCUUCUACAGCAAGUUGGUUACAGAGUGGUUGUCGGAGUUGGAUGGAAGCAUUACUUCCACUGCGGAUGAAACUAAAUGCAAUGACUCGGAUCCAAGCUUCGAAAACGUUGGGCGGGCAGAAAUGCACGAGCAACGCGCGACUUGGGAAUCCUUGGUUUUCACUGCUGCGACUCAUGUCAAUGAAGAUACAAUCCGGUCCUACCUGAACGAUCUUUUCACCCAGACCAAACUUUCUCAACAGGCACUCAAGGAUCUCCGAGCAAGUAUCCAAUCGUUUGGAACAGAACUAUCAUCAAAAGGUGAAUGGCUGGAUGUAGACGAACUUCAGUGGGUCUCUCGCGCACUGCUCAAGACCGAUCUCCUCGGCGAUGAAAAGACAGCCAUUCUGAAAGAGUUCAUGCGGAACAACGAGGUUGCACAAGAGGUCGCGGAUGUGCUCAACAUGCGCAUUGCCUCGCUCGAUAGCUGGGCGUGGACCGAGAACUCAGAUGGUAUCCCUGUUGAAAUGCGCCGCCAACUCAAUGGUAAAUACCGGGUUUUCAUGGACGAGGACCUUCUCGAUGCCCUUCUGCUACAGUACAUCGGGACAAAGUGGGCUGUAAAGCUGCGCAAGGUAUUUGAGACAUUUCUACAUUCCAAUGCCUGGAAAGUCCUGCAUGAGGAUAUCCCAGAAGACCACAAGGAUAUGCGCAGGUACUUCCUUGGCCGAGAAGCCAACUCGAACUCUGGCAAGAUCAAUGAGAUUCGAAAGAAAACAUACACCGACGAAUAUUUCAUGAGCCAAUUGCCCACUUCAACCGCCGAAGGCGCACGGGAAUAUGAUGAUACGGGGUCCAAACAAAAGAAUGCCCUGGAUACAAAGCACUCCCUUCUCCAUCUCCUGAUCACAGAAUCUAUCCUCCACAAACAUCAGCGCGGGGACUUUACCGCAAUCCGGUCGGACUUUGAGUGGUUUGGCCCCUCAAUGCCCCAUGCCACCAUACUCACCGUGCUGAAGUUCUUUGGAGUCUCUGACCUAUGGAUCAAAUUCUUCCUAGUGUUCCUGGAGGCUCCGCUCAAGUUUCCCCAAGAUGGAGCCGAAGGCUCUGUUCGAACCCGCAAGCGUGGCCUUCCAAUGAGUCAUACAUUGGGUGAUUGCUUCGGAGAAUCCGUUCUCUUCUGUAUGGACUACGCAGUCAAUCAAGCUACCGAUGGCGCUUUCCUGUACCGGCUCCAUGAUGACUUUUGGUUCUGGGGUGCAGAGAAUACUUGCGUCAAGGCAUGGCAGGCAAUGGAGCGAUUUACUCAGGUAAUGGGUUUGAAGUUCAACGCGGAGAAGACUGGAACUGUGCAGAUGGGGCUGGGUGACGGUCCGACGGAGUCGGCUCUUCCCACCGGUGGUAUCCGCUGGGGGUUCUUGGUUCUGGAUGCGCAGCAAGAAAGAUUCAUUAUCGAUCAGGCCCAGGUCGAUCAACACAUCGAAGAGCUUGCCCGACAGCUUUUGUCCUGCAAAAGUGUGUUCGCUUGGGUACAGGCAUGGAACAGCUACUUUGGCCGAUUCUUUACGAACAACUUUGCAAAACCAGCCAUUUGCUUCGGUCGGGACCAUAUCGACAUGGCCAUUUCCACCCUGAGCCGCAUCGAGCGCACACUCUUCAACAAACCCUCAGAUAAUAAAACACCAUCGGAUCAGAUCAAUGGUGUCACCGACUACUUACGCACUGUGAUUGCAGGUCGCUUCGAUAUCCAUGAUCUGCCCGAUGGAUUCUUCUAUUAUCCCAUUGAACUCGGUGGACUGGGGCUUCUAAAUCCCUUCAUCAGACUGCUCGCCAUGCGCGAAAACAUCAAACAGACCCCCCGGAAGCUCCUACGCAAGGCCUCGCUGAGGGAUGAGAAAGAGUACGAGGCUGCCAAAGAGAAGUUCAAAAAGGAUGGCGCGGAUGUUAGCGGCCAAUUUUGGAGCGAAUGGGGCGGAAAAUCCAAGUCAUUUAUGUCCCUGGAAGACUACACCCGGUACCCGGAAACAUUCAGUCUCUCUCUUGUGGACGUGUACACGCAGCUGACCGAGGUGCCGAGUGAGAUGAGCGUGGCUCGGACUUGGAGCUUUGAAAGGGAGCAAAACUCCCUUGAUCAAAGCUCCUCUGUAGGCUGUAUCUCUCCUUUCUGGGGGACAAUGACGCCCUACUGGCAAUGGGUGGCGGAGUUAUAUCAUGAAGGGAUGGUUCGUACUUACGGCAGCCUGGCUGCUGUGAAUCGUGAGUUUAUGCCCUUGGGUGUCUUGAAGACCCUGCAGGAGGGUAAAUUCAGAUGGCAGGGCUGA